AUGGCUACCACUCUUUCGUUAUCCUCUCCCCUCCUCCUCGGAGCUCCGGCCAGAGCUAGAGAUGUGAUUUCGUAUGGAGUGGCUUCGGCUAGUAUAUCACUGAGCACUGUAAAUGUGCUUGGCAAGGGCUACAUGAGUAGGGUUCAUGAUCGGGAGCAACAGCGACGAAUGGCAAUAGUAUCUGUGCUUGGAAGGAAGAAGUCAACGACCAAAGAAACAGUUGUCCCGGACCCCGACUAUAGGUUACCAAUUGCUAUACUUGGGAUUGCUAGUGCUUUUGCAUAUGCAGACAAUCUUCUAGCUGCUGCACCUGUAGGACUGCUGGGGCUUCUUCUUUUGUUCCAGACUACAAGAGUGAGGUUCGUCUUUGAUAAUGAGGCCCUGGAGGUGAAAGUUGGAGACCAGCUGCAGGAGUCCGGUGAAAAUGUAUUUGUCGGCGGCAAGAACCGUUGGAAGUAUUCAACGUUUGUAAAUUGGGAACUAUGGUGGCCACAGUUUCCUAUCUUGGUUUACUUCAAGGAGACCCAAACAAAGCCCGAAGGACAAGUCCACUUCUUCCCUGUGAUAUUCGUAAGUUCAUCAGUUUUUACCCAGUCAACCAAGUUUAUUUUCCGAUACCACGGUAUUCAACCAAUGCUAUGA